AUGGCCUUUCUCCCAGACAUAGUGAGUCGGCAGUCUGCCAGCUCUGACACGACGGAAAUUAUUCCAGGCUUAAGUGACGGAGCAACAACAGAGGUGGGAAGGCAAGUGAGAGACUGCCUUGGUGGCACGCAGUCCUGUGAAGACAAUUCAACCAAGAACUACACUGCUCCUGGGCCACUAGGCAGCAGUGAAUGCACAAACGACGCAUGCUGCGUGUGGGAUUAUAUCCAGCGGGACUUGGUACAGAUAUUCCAAAGCCUCGAUGGAACCUGCUCUCGUCUUGCCCGCUCCUCUGUGCGUCUUGGAUUCCACGACGCCGGGACAUGGUCAACCACCAGUGGGUAUGGUGGAGCAGACGGCAGCUUACUCCUGAGCUCUGAUGAGAUCAAUCGCUUCGAGAACAAUGGUCUCCAGCAGGUCCGAUCAACCGCCCUUGGCAUCCUGGACUCUUAUUCGCAAUAUGAAAUUGUAGCCGCAGACCUGGUUCAAUUCAUGCAUAAUGUAGCAACGGUGGUCUGUCCGUUAGGACCGAGAAUCGUAACGCUGAUUGGGCUCAAUGAUAGCAGUGUUGCGAAUCCAUCCGGACUAGUCCCAGGAAAUAAUGCCACAGAUGGCGAAUACUUGAUUGAGCUGUUUCGAAACAAGACCUUGAAACCUCGCGAUCUCGUUGCUCUCGUUGGCGCCCAUACUGUCGGUCAGCAGUACUUUGUGGAUCCUUCUCGUGCUGGACAACCCCUGGAUUCUACCCCAGGUGUCUGGGAUGUCGACUUUUACCGCGAGGUCACCUCGUCCAAUUCUCAUCCAGGGGGUUUCCGUCUAUCAAGUGACGAAGCCCUUGCCAAUACAGACGAAACUUCAUCCAGCUUCACGGCAUUUGGAGAUCGAAACACUGGCCAGACAGUUUGGAAUGCCGAAUAUGCCACUGCCUAUGUCCGUCUUAGUCUCCUCGGGGUUGACAACAUCAACCAUCUUACGCACUGUACAAAGGUUCUUCUGGAUGCAGUGACAUCAUUUUCAUCUCCAUCAAGCACUCCUACCUCGCCAUCUUCUUCGCUGAAGAUUCUGCGUCGGAUAUCAUUGACUUCGGUGUUUGCUUGGGUGGCUUUGUUGGCUCCUGUAUCUUUAUUCUAA